UAGAAGAGCAUAAAAAGAAUAGGGAAAACUUGAGUCCCACCCAACUCACUCCCGCUUUCGUUUAGUUUUCAUCACUUUCCAUUCUCUACUCGCUAAGUCUCCUUCUCCACAGAAGAUGGCUACGAUUACUCUGAGGGUUAGAAACUCCAACUUAAUGAAGCACACGAAGAAGAAGAAUCGUAUUAUCUCUCUCAAAGAGAUAUCCAAUCUUGUGAAGAAACCUUCCUCCCACAACGUAACCCUAGAAAAAGGAGGUAGAACCAAUUCGUCCUCCUCGUGGGUUAAAUCUCUCUUACUCGGAAGAGGAGCGUAUGGUUCGGUUUAUCUUGGUACUAGUAGAAGCAAGACACACCCUACAGGUGAACGAGCCAUCAAAACUGCUAAACUUUCUCACGCUUCUACUCUCAUGGACGAAGGCAGGAUUCUUGUCCGUUUACAAUCUCCUUUCAUUGUCCAUUGCUUCGGCGACGAGAUCGCACGCGAGGAGGACAACAACUGUAUGCAAUACAAUCUGAUUCUCGAGUAUUGCUCUGGCAGAACCAUUGCUGAUUUGAUUGAGGAUAAUCACGGGGAGUUGCUUGAGUGUGAGGCCAAAGUCUUCACUAGAGAUGUCUUGUCUGGUCUCACUUACAUCCACGACAGAAACAUUAUUCACUGCGACAUCAAACCCGACAACCUCUUACUCUCUCCUACUGAUCAACGCUUCAGGUCUACAGGCUACUUGACCAAGAUUGGUGAUUUUGGAUUAGCUAUGGAGAAAGGGUCGCUAGAGUAUGGUAACGGAUACGGCCACAAGAGAGGCACCACGAGGUAUAUGGCUCCAGAGCUUAUUGGGCAUGGGGUUUUGGACUUUGGAGCAGAUGUGUGGGCCUUGGGAUGCACAGUCUUGGAGAUGUUAUCCGGAAAAACAGUUUGGGGAGAGUAUGGUGAUCUUGCUUUUGAUGAUUGGGUCAAUCUCAUUGGCCACAGCGAUCGUAUGCCUCAUGUACCCGCUUGGUUGUCUAAAGAUGCAUUAGAUUUCUUGAGUAGAUGCUUGGAGAGAGAUAUUAACAAGAGGUGGUCUGCUCAUUCACUCAAGAACCAUCCCUUUGUUCUGCUAUGAGGAAGGUCGAAGAGGAGAAACUCAAUGAUGUUUAAUGUUCUUCUUUCAACUGUUUGGAACAAUUUUGUGUUAUGUUUUGUCGUAAGUAUUGUAACUGCUACAUGUAUGACUUGGGCUUCUGUUUCUAACUGUUAGUAUAUAGUCUAAUAUGAUAAUUUGUAGAUUAAUUGAAGUCUUCUAG